CCCAAAAUUUCCUUCCGUUUUAGAAAAUCCAAAGUUACAAAAAAGCUGAGAAAUUUCUUCAAAAAGUUUGAAAUCUAGACUAAUCAGCAGCAGCAAUUACACGCCGCUACUAUACAUACAUAGUACAGGCCGGCGAUGUUCGCCGGAUCUAAUUCACAAAACUGAUAAGCAACUAAAUGAAUCUUAAAAAACCCAUCUGACAUGGUGUCAUGCAAUGCCCAAAUUCUCUAAGCGCCCAUGUAUUGUUCAAUCUAUCAUCAAUCUAUGCUCUCAAGGUCUCUUCAAACAAGCCAUUCAUUCCCUUGAUAUUAUUGCUCGUAAAGGUACUCGUUUAGACUCGAAUAUACUUGCUUUUCUUCUGCGUGAGUGUGCUGAUUCCAGGUCUUUAAAAGAGGGCAGAUGGGUCCAUCUUCAUUUGAAGCUCACUGGGUUCAAACACCCCAGUACGUUUUUAUUGAAUCAUUUGAUUAAUAUGUACUGUAAAUGUGGUGAUCAUGUUGUUGCACGCCAACUGUUUGAUAAAAUGUCGGAUAGGAAUUUGUAUUCGUGGAAUAAUAUGGUUUCUGGGUAUGUUAAGUUGGGGAUGGUGGGUGCUGCUAGGAGGUUGUUUGAUAGAAUGCCGGUGAGGGAUGUUGUGUCGUGGAAUAGCAUGGUUGUUGGGUAUGCCAAGAGUGGGGAGUUUGGUGAGUGUGUGAGGUUUUUUAAGGAGUUGAGGAGGUCGUCGAUUGGGUUAAAUGAGUUCAGCUUUUCUGGGGUUUUGACUGUUUGUGUGAAAGGUAAGGAUUUUGGGUUUACUAAGCAGGUUCAUUGUCGGGUUUUGGUUGAUGGGUUUUUGUCAAAUGUGGUAAUAGUGAGUUCUAUCGUUGAUGCAUAUGCUGCUUGCGGGAAGUUAGAUGACUCGAGAAGAUUGUUUGAUGAGAUGAAAAUUAGGGAUGUUCUUGCUUGGACCACCUUGGUAUCUGGAUAUGCCAAGUGGGGAAAGAUGAAAUUAGCUAGGGAAUUGUUUGAUGCCAUGCCUGAGAAAAAUUCUGUCUCUUGGACUGCUUUAGUCUCAGGAUAUGCUAGAAAGAAUAUGGGAGAUGAGGCCCUUGAAUUAUUUACAACAAUGAUAAGGUCUCGUUUCAAACCAGAUCAAUUUACUUUUAGUAGUUGCCUGUGUGCUUGUGCUAGUAUACCAUCACUUAAGCAUGGUAAAGAAAUUCAUGCAUUUUUGAUGAGGAGUAAUUUCAGACCUAAUACAAUUGUUGUGAGCUCUCUCAUCGACAUGUAUUCAAAGUGUGGAAAGAUACGAACAGGAGAAAGGGUUUUUGAUGUUUCGGGUGAUAAAAAUGAUAUUAUACUGUGGAACACAAUUAUAUCUGCCUUGGCACAACAUGGUCUUGGUGAAGAAGCAAUACAAAUGUUUAGAUACAUGGUACGCAGAGGCUUGCAACCCGAUAGAAUAACUCUUGUUGUCAUUUUAAAUGCUUGCAGCCACUCGGGGCUUGUACAGGAGGGCCUUUGCAUUUUUGAAUCCAUUACAAGUUACUAUGGUGUCUCUCUGGAUCAAGAACAUUAUGCAUGCUUAAUUGAUCUUCUGGGUCGAGCGGGUAAGUUUGAUGAGGUGCUAAAGCAGCUCAAAAGGAUCCCCUUUGAACCUGAUAGUCGUGUUUGGAAUGCCUUACUAGGUGUUUCUAGGAUUCAUGGUAACAUCGAAAUGGGAAGAAUGGCAGCUGAACACCUUGUUAAAUUGGACCCUUUGUCCUAUGCGGGUUAUGUUGCGCUGUCAAGUAUAUACGCUGCACUUGGGAAAUGGGAAUCUGCGGAGAACAUAAGACAGAUCAUGAAUGAUAGAAAUUUGAAGAAAGACCAAGCACUUAGCUGGUGAAGAGCUAGAUAUAGGCUCCAUGCUUCAUUAGCAUUUCCGUAUAGGUAUAACUUUUUCAAGGUUAAAUAUUUAAUUUUGGAACUGCCAAUCAGAUGGAAGAUGUGCUGCUUGAUACUUGUAGGUAUGUCUUGCAAGUUUUAACUCUUUGCGAAGAGGAAUCAGUAGACACGAGAGUUACUUGAUCGGAUGGCUUAGCUUGUACCAUUUUUGUUAGUUUGUCUAGUAGGCGGGCUGCUGACUCUAGAUUGUUAAAUUUUGACUCCAUAGAACUACAUUUUUACAGGACAUAGGUGCUACACAAUCUUUUCUGUUAUUAAGUAAGAGAGAGUUGUGUGAGCUUUAGAUAAGCUCUGGGGGGGUGUUUUAUUGUUGCUUGUAUUUUCUUAACAUCCAGAGAGAGGUUUCUUUUUCGAAAUUCUUAUCAAAUAAAACAAAAUUUAUAUUCUCAUUUCCAGAUGA